UUAUUUUGACCCUUUGCCAACAUGAGGAUAUAAUCUUAAGGGAAUGGUGAUUUUGAGGAAAACUUGUUUUACAGUGGUGUAACUGAAUAAACACACCUGUGAUAAUGUGUCUUGUAAUUCAGAAAUUCCUACUGAAUUGCACCCAUACUGUAAAGUAGGAUGUGGCUCAAACGCUGAGCACCAAAUUUAGAGAUCAUUUUGUUUUAUAUCGAAAGGAUACCAAUAUUGGGCUAGAUAGAUCUAUCUGUAAUAUUUCCUUUAAUUAUGAAUACUUUAAAUUAAGCAUUAAUACAUGGGCUAAUACUCUUUAACAAAAGACAGAAUUCAGGGUAGGAUCAAGUGCAUUAUGCACCAUAACCAGGACAAAAACAUGUAUGAAUAUUAUAUUUAUUGGAGGCCAAAUGGAUUACUUGUAGUGUUUGGUGCGGAAGGAAAAAUAGUUCCUAAAUGAGGAAUUUCCUCGAGGAAAUGCUGGAAUAAAACACCUAUUUUAGCCCCUAUAUUGGCCAUAUACAUGAUAGCAUAUUGCGUUUAGAAUAAUAACACGUUUCAAUAACACGAUUCAUGUGUAAACACUGCCGUUCACAUUCACGUUACAAAGUUAUAUCGUUGUUAUUUUAAACAGUGUUUAUUCGGUUUACAUCAUUCUAAAAUAAGUUUUCCUCGAAAUCACCAUUUCCCUAAAAUUAUGUUUUCAUGUCGCCAAAUGAUGAAAUAAAGUCACGUUGUGUCUCGUCGUCUUGGAUUUGUUGGCUGGGAAUAAGAGGUACAAAAAACGGCGGAUGGGUCGCUCUGCGCUGUAAAUUAAGUUCCCCUUAACUGCAGACUCGGAAGCUAACGUCAGCGUGGUGUAAACCGCAGGAUAAGACGUGACGACGUGACGACAUGACCACGGGGUGGGGGGGGGCUUCCCACUACUGGACUCUUGAUAGGCGUGCCGCUAGAUGUCACAAUAUAUGAUGAAUGGAAUGAAUGAAAAAUAAAAGGAAACACUUCCUGGCUGCACCUGAAUGGAUGAACGCUUUCACUCGGGGGUUGUAUUUUUUUUUUUUUUUUUUUGCUUAGGAAGGUUCCAUAGACUGCACUGAGUGAAAUUACCCGAAAGUAUUUAAGUGGCAGACAUGAUAAGAGUUGUUCGAAUUCUCUAAAUGCUAAGGAAAGACGCUUCAAUGCUUCCUUUCAUAUCUCCUUUAGCAUAGGAUACACUCAUGGAUUUAUUAUUUUUAAAAAAACUACCAGACUGCAAAAUGGCGCCUAUUUAUUCCAAUGAGGAUUGCUCGCCUCGCGCAUACGCCAAAAAAGUUUUCUAGCUUCCGUGUUUACUUAAGGGGUGUGCGGCCCACUGAAUAUGCGCAGUAGUGUUUUACCUAUUAUUAUACACCCAUGGAUACCACUGGACCGUUCUCGUCAUAGCUCCUUACCAUAAAGUUGCCCAGACUUCAACUUCGGCGCCCAAGACCGUCCAAGACACAGAAAAUGAAUGACUUCCGGUCACUUUGACGCUCGAGCUGUCAGCGGUCUGAACACAGUCACAGAGAGAGCGCGCGCGUGAAUGUGGACGCAAGUGUGUGCGUGAUAGAACAACUUUCUAAUCCCAACUAACUGUAUUAUUCACUGUUAGCACUGUACCCUAUUGAAUGUGAUGGGUGUUAAUGAGGACUGGAUCCCUUGUAGGCAGCCUGGACUAUUUUUGUUGGUAUUUACAAUUUUACUUUAUGCAGCAGUAAAAAAAAAAAAUAAAUAAUAAUAAAAAAAAAAUACACAUAUCAAGCCUAAAUGCGGUUGACAUCAGGUGCAAGUUACAUUUCUAGGUCGGCAAUUUGUGCUGCAGCAUAAAAAGGGCGUCCAUAGCAGGUCUCCAAAGCAUAAGUGCUGGUAUAAUAUACAGUACCUGUCAUCACCAUAAUCAGCAUCAUAAGCACCAACUGCAGCAUACUGACAGAAUAUCAUGACUACUACUAUAUUUCCUAUAAAAUGAUGUCAUCACCGUCACUGCAAUUUCUUGAUUUGUCAGCAGAUUAGAAGUGCACAAGAACUAAAUGAAUGCACCCCAAACUGCUUAACAGUAAAAUAUACUUUGUCUUGCAUUGUUGUAGCUCCAGGACAGAAACAACCACAUGAUGAUGAUUUCAACAUUGUCACCGUUUGUUCCGAGAAAAGGACACAUUGCAGACUUUUAUCGCCAGGAUGUAUGAACCAAAACCAUUUUAAGCCAAUUUAAAACAAAUGUAAGACAAACGCAGACGGAGAUGAGUGUGCGUGUGGAGGGGAUGGCGGGCAGGCGGGCUCUUUACGUUACUCCAUUACAUCGACAUGACGUCAUCCUGUAAGGUUACUGCAACAGUCUCCACGGGAACGGGUGAUUUUGCGAUCACAGAGCAAUGCUGUCACAACGUCACACGUAGGCUAUGUUGCAAAAGCAAGUGAAACGUUGCCAUUACGUAAUGUGCUCUGUAGGGUAGUCUAGCCAAACAUACCAGCUCAGGCUGCAUAACACGCUCUGUGAACAGUGAACAGUAGAGGAAUUAUCUACUCUGGGUUUAAAGUCAAAAACUUUCCAAACCGCGAAGGACUGGGUUUAUUCUUAGUGACUUUAUUUAGGUGCUUACCCCCUCACUUGGAAACUCCGGGGGUGACAUAACUCAUGAGGGGCAAGAGGAGGAGAGAGAGUGUGUGCAUGUGAAAAGUUAGAAAGUGAAAGUAUAGCUGUCAGAAGGAGGAUGACUGCGGCCCUGGAUCAGUGCACACCAACAGCGCCAACAGCACAGCACGGUAGGGACGAUACUGAGCCAAUAUUCUGGGUCUUUAUUCCUCUGAAAGACAUGGAACAGCAACCCGCUGGACUGCUGGCUUAUGACGUGGAGCGAAGGACAAGUCCACAGCUUGUGAGUCUGCACGGUCACGGCGGCAGCAUGACAUCAUGGGGAUACGAGACCUACCUGUUUCUCUUUGUGUUCCUGAGCAUGACUGACCUGUCAGACGAGGGGUGUUACGACCUCUUCACCAUAGAUGAAGAUCGGGCAAAACAUCUGACAGACACCAUCUCCCUCGUAAUAACGAAGGAUUCCAAGGACAUAAUGGAAUGUACUGCUGAGAGAGAGUGCCACCAGAAAAGAGAGGAUAUGUGCGAUGUGCUCCGUUGCUUUGACGAACGAGAAGAGGAAGAUAGUGCUAAAAUAAAAAUUUCUGAAAAGUGUGAAAGGGGAACUUCUCAGAAUAUCUCUAUGUAUCACUUCAUGUGCUUGACGGCCAAAGCUUUGAACUUCAUUGUUGAAGGCUGCGAAUACGAGACCGUAUGCAAUCUCUAUUCAGAAAGAGCAUCUGUUUUAGACCAAACGACGGCAUCGCCACCACGACCAACAUCAACAACAUUGACACCACCAACAACAACAACAACAGCAACAACACUGUCAGAGACAACAACACUGCCACCAACAACAACAGUCACAAAGAGCGCAGCUAGCGGAAGCUAUGACCCACAUUCACAUACACAUAAGUGUAAGACAGACACCUUAACCCUGACGACAUUAUUGAUGAUGUCUGUGAUCCUCAAUGCGCUUCUACCACUGGCUGUUUACCUGUACAUGCACCACCAGAGGAGGCAGGGCUGGAGACAGGAGAAUGCAACUUCUCCGUUCUUGUCCUUGAAUGGAGACUCACCAGGAAUUCAGCCAAUGACAGAGUUGAAGCAAGCAUCUGUAAAUUGGGGUGUUUCGGAGAUCUCACAUUUAAUGCAGGAUGAAGCUAACUGGGAUCUUUGGCAUGCUCCUCAUGCCAUUGAUGCGGUCGAAUCUGGCCCACCGACCGGUAUCGUCAUACAAGGAAUACCUGGGCUCUUAAUCACCUGUUGCGGACUCUACACCCAAAGAGUCUAUGUAUGCCUAGACCCCUGGAACAUGUACCGCAAACACAUCCACUUACCCCCACGAUUGACCGAGGGCAGACUAAGCAGAAUCCACCAAUUUGGUCAAUGUUUUCUGUCUACCUUUCAGCUGCCAAUUCAGUUAGCCUUAACGCACUUCAAAAACACAUGGGUGAACUCGACCAGGAAACAACUACAGACUCUUGGAAAAACCUUCCAGGGUACUGUAGUCACGCUAAACUUACACUGUGUUCUUCUCAAUAACACCUUUGCAUGCCUUAGAGAACCUGUCAGAAGUUGUCAAGGAAGACAUCACGUAUGUGUGGACAGACCCCUCGCUCUACCUCAUCCCCAAUCUAAACCUAUGCACUAAGACCAAAGCCAUCCACUGGGUGUGCCCAAGCAACCCUUUCAUUAGAGAUGUAACCAGUUACCUCUGCAGCUUGAGAACCGAAUCUCCUGAACAAAAAAGGCAUGUCCCAGAGAUUGAGAUUAUGGACGCAUUCAGAGGUCACAACCUCACAAUUGACAACUCCCUUCAAGAGCAGCUUUUAGCUGAAGGGACCAAAUUGGUGCAGUUCAGUCUCAAACUGACUGGGCUCACGACCACAUUUGCUAAUCACAUAAGUAGGUCGGCGCCUUAUCAGGAACACCCAAUCAGUGUAAUCGCCCUCGGGCUCCUCCUUAGUGGCUGGAUCAUUACGGCAAUUGUUGCACACGUAAUAUACAAAUAUAUUAAGAAGCUGCAGGCCAAACUGGACUCGCUCCUGUUUGUUCAUCCCACAGACUAGCCCCAAUCCUGCAAAAGAGCAAGGCUUUCCUCCCUUUUAAUGUAAGAUAGUACCUUAAAUAUCAACAUUUUUAGGUGGACAACCACCUUUGAAACCUUUUUUCACAUUUAGUUAUUGGUCCCUGAUCCCAGGGUGGUGCACCGUAAUUAUUAAUCUAUAUUAAUAAGUUUAACACUAUUCAUUUUAUUAAUAUUCAUAAAUAUAUUUGAUAUUUCUGCUAAUAACCAAACCUGCUCUACCUGAAUCCCAACAGUAGCGCCACCAGCAAGUUUUUUGUUCAGAGUGAAAUGUCUUGACUAUUGGAUGGAUUGCUGGGCACUUUUUAGUGCUAAUUAGCAGAAGAUGCACGAGACAAGAUGCUAAGAUAGUGAAGAUGGUGAAAACGUUACUUGCUACACAUCAGCAUGUUAACAUUGUCAUUGUAAUGUCAAUGUUAAGAUGCUGAUGUUUGCAUUUAGCUCAAAGCACUGCUCUGCUAAAGUACAGCUUCACAGAGCAGCUAGCAUGGCUGUAGGCUAGUCUUGUUAAUGGAUAGACACUCAUCUCUCUCUCUUUCUCUCUUUGUC